AUGAGUAGUAACAACAACACCAAUACAGCGCCUACAAAUGCAAAUUCUAACCACCAUCACCACCAUCACCAUCAUCACCACCACCAUCACGGUCAUGGCGGAAGCAGCUCUACCCUAAACAACCCUAAAUCGUCCUUAGCGGAUGGUGCGCAUAUCGGGAAUUACCAAAUCGUCAAAACCUUGGGUGAGGGCUCCUUUGGUAAAGUUAAACUGGCAUACCAUACGACUACGGGCCAAAAAGUUGCUCUUAAAAUCAUCAAUAAGAAGGUUUUGGCGAAGAGUGAUAUGCAGGGCAGAAUUGAAAGAGAAAUUUCUUAUCUAAGACUUUUAAGACACCCCCAUAUCAUUAAGCUAUAUGACGUUAUCAAAUCCAAGGACGAAAUCAUUAUGGUCAUCGAGUACGCCGGGAACGAAUUGUUCGACUAUAUUGUUCAAAGAGACAAAAUGAGUGAGCAAGAGGCAAGAAGAUUUUUCCAACAGAUCAUCAGUGCGGUCGAGUACUGCCAUAGGCACAAAAUUGUGCAUAGAGAUCUUAAGCCUGAAAACUUAUUACUAGAUGAACAUCUGAAUGUCAAGAUUGCCGAUUUUGGUUUGUCAAACAUUAUGACCGAUGGUAAUUUCUUAAAGACUUCUUGUGGUUCUCCUAAUUAUGCGGCUCCUGAAGUUAUUAGCGGUAAGCUGUACGCAGGCCCAGAAGUGGACGUGUGGUCUUGUGGGGUCAUCCUUUACGUCAUGCUUUGUCGUCGUCUACCGUUUGACGAUGAAAGCAUUCCAGUGCUUUUCAAGAACAUUAGCAACGGUGUUUACACCCUGCCCAAAUUCUUAUCACCUGGGGCUGCCGGGUUAAUCAAGAGAAUGUUGAUCGUUAAUCCAUUGAACAGAAUAAGCAUCCAUGAAAUUAUGCAAGACGAUUGGUUUAAAGUUGAUCUACCAGAAUAUCUACUUCCACCAGAUCUGAAACCACACCCAGAAGAGGAAAAUAAAAAUAAUGAAUCAAAAAAGGAUGGCAGCGGCCCAGAUAACGAUGAAAUUGAUGACGGCCUCGUCAAUAUCUUAUCAUCGACUAUGGGUUACGAAAAGGACGAGAUUUAUGAGUCCUUAGAAUCAUCAGAAGACACUCCAGCAUUUAACGAAAUUAGAGACGCGUACAUGUUGAUUAAGGAAAACAAGUCUUUGAUCAAGGAUAUGAAGGCAAACAAAAGCGUCAGUGAUGACCUGGAUACUUUCCUGUCUCAGUCGCCUCCAACUUUUCAGCAACAAAACCAAUCUCAUCAAAAAAAUCAAGUAGAUCAUGAAACUGCUAAGCAACACGCAAGAAGGAUGGCAAGUGCUACCACUCAACAAAGAACAUAUCACCAAUCACCCUACAUGGAUCAGUAUAAAGAAGAAGAUUCCACAGUUUCCAUUUUACCUACAUCUUUACCUCAGAUUCACAGAGCUAAUAUGUUGGCACAAGGUUCACCAGCCGCGUCCAAAAUAUCUCCACUAGUAACAAAAAAAUCUAAAACGAGAUGGCAUUUUGGUAUACGAUCUCGCUCGUACCCAUUAGACGUUAUGGGUGAGAUUUAUAUUGCCUUGAAAAAUCUGGGUGCUGAAUGGGCCAAACCUUCUGAAGAAGAUUUAUGGACUAUCAAAUUGAGGUGGAAAUAUGACAAUGGAAAUAAGACCAGUACAAAUGAAAAAAUUCCUGAUUUAAUGAAAAUGGUAAUUCAAUUAUUCCAAAUUGAAACCAAUAAUUAUUUGGUGGAUUUCAAAUUUGACGGUUGGGAAAGUAGUUAUGGUGAUGAUACUACCGUUUCUAAUAUUUCUGAAGAUGAAAUGAGUACUUUUUCAGCCUACCCAUUCUUACAUUUAACUACAAAGCUAAUUAUGGAAUUAGCCGUCAACAGUCAAAGCAAUUAA